CAGAAAAAAAGCACUUUGGCUAGGCUAGGACCAGGACCAUCGACAUUACUAUAGACCAGGACCAGUUAACGGAACGGAAGCUGAGAAGGGACAUUUAGUGAGUUCUGCAGAAAGUGUACAUUUGUGUGUCAGUCUGACAGAAACGUAGCGAAUAUAGAACAGCCGUGGUUUUCUUCCCUGAAAGGCUGAUCUCCUCAGAUGUGGACUGGAUCCAGAAGUCUCUCCUGGACUGUUUUAUCCUCCAUAAGUAGAAAAAAACUUUUAAACAUUAAAAGCCUAAAUUCUUCUCUCUACUCUGCCCCCCCGCCCACUAAGAGUCACCACUUCCUAACAAGCAGACAAUCUGUUUAUUUGCAGCCUUUUCCUAAUUUCUCUUCCGUCCUCUGCCUGUCUGGUUCUGCUUCGUGUUCCGGCCCAAUGGAGUUAAAGGAGGUUCUGGAGGUUCUGGAGCAGCUGGCUCCUCUGUCGCUGGCCGAAUCGUGGGAUAACGUUGGCUUACUGGUUGAGCCAAGCAAACAUCGUGUGAUUAAAACCAUCCUGCUGACCAAUGACCUGACUGAAGCGGUCAUGGAGGAGGCUGAGGCUGUGAAUUGUGACCUCGUCGUCUCGUACCACCCACCUUUGUUUCGGCCCAUUAAGCGUCUGAUUCAGAAAGACUGGAAGCAGCGGUUAGCCAUUCGUGCUGUGGAGGCUGGGAUCGCAAUCUUUUCCCCUCACACUUCUUGGGAUAGUGUUAAAGGAGGGGUGAAUGACUGGCUGGUUGGGGGUCUUGGCCGCGGUCAGGUGUCUGUGCUGAAUCAGGCCCUCGGCGGAGCCUCCCACUGUCAAAAACUGGAGUUCAUGGUUAGGAACGCCGAGGAGCUCAAUUCCGUUGUAGAGGAGCUGAAGGCUUGUGGUGACGGAACAACUCUACAGUUCACCAGCAGCAGAUCAGACAGCAGCUGUGUCCAUGUCAGUGUGACCUGCAGUGACUCAGCACUGACCUCUAGUGUCCAGACUCUGUUAAAACACAGCACACCCAGCCAGUCUCUUAGCAUUUUGAAGCUGGAGAAGCCUCCUCUUAUGGGUCACGGUCAAGGCCGACUCAGUGUUCUGGACCACCCAGUAGACCUGACUACAGCCGUCCAGAAAAUGAAGUCCCACUUGGGUUUGAAUCAUCUCCGUUUGGCUCUGGGAGCGGGGAAGACCCCUGAGUCCAUCGUGAGCUGCGUGGCUGUCUGUGCUGGAUCUGGAGCCUCGGUGCUGAGCGGUGUCAAGGCGGACCUCUACAUCACUGGUGAGAUGUCCCACCACGAGGUGCUGGACGCGGUGGCGAAGGGCACCAGCGUCAUCCUCAGUGACCACAGCAACAGCGAGCGUGGCUUCCUGUUUGUGUUCAGGGAGAGGCUGGCCGUGCGGCUUCCUGACGAUGUAACGGUGCUGGUGUCCAAGGCGGAUAGAGACCCUCUGGAGGUUGUCUGACAGACUCGGAUUUGCUCCAGUUAUUUGACCCAUGUUGAUGUGAAAGUAUCCAGGCUGUGCUUUAAUCCACUGAUUGUGAAAACCUGCUGUGAUGAAGGGCGCUGUCUCGCUGCCACAUUCACACACACGGCCGGCUGAGUCUCAACAACAAUAGAUCCCGGUUGAUCAAAAUAGAUUGUACUUAUUCCAGAUGAGACGAAAUGUCAUCAUCUGGCAAGUGAGAGUCGAAGAUAAAGGAUAUAAUCUGUAAUUUAAAUGCACAAGGGAUCUAUUUGGAGAUGACACAGUGUGUUUUAAUCCCAACAAUCAGAGAGCUUGACCUUUUUUGUGUGGAAUUUCUGGCCGCACAAAUUUUCCCUUCCAAGAAGCCCGUAGGAUGGAAAGUAAUCCUCAUCAGAUUAGAGUUGGUUCAUUAUGAAGUAAGAAAUCUUUUUUUAAGCUAAAUCAGCAGCAGCUGAGUUAACUAUGAGGAUUCGAAGCCAAAUGAGAAACAAAAGACGGGUGCAGCCUGUAAACCCCUAUAAAUGACCUUUAGACCUCUGUGAGCAAACGCAGGUGGACAUCAAACUAUUUAGCACAUACGUGUCAAAUCUCAGCCUCGUCGUAAUCCUGAAUCCUCGCUAACAGCUCGACCUCCCCCUGCUUUGCCCAUAGAAAAAUAAAAACAAUCCAAACUGCUCCUGUUACGGUGUUUAACAGAGUUUUGUUGCUGCAGUGGCCCCGGCACACCUGUCUGCUCGUAAACACAUUAAGACUCAUCCCACACCUCAACGCUCUCAUCAAGCUCUCCAUCCCAGCGUGGAGCUCACACCUCCACUUCCCCUCAGACCUCACUCACUUUUAUCCGCAACAACAAACACAAAUGGAGAAGGAAAACAGCAACUAGAACAACACGUAAACGCCGCUCGUGUAAACCGACUCCAGCUGUCACAUUUUUAUCUUAGCUGGAGAGGCUGCACGCGGGUCCACUUGGGACCUGUGGGCUAGUUGUCUUUGUUCCACUGACAGGAAGUGCUGAAGCCACAAUUUAUUCAUGUGCUCGCUUGAUUCAUUAGAUGUUACAGAAUAUUUAAGAGGAUUUCGAUGCUGAUUCAAACAACAGAAGCAGGACAGGGAAGACGACGACUGAGAUCCAAUAAAAUCACCAGAUGACUACGAAAAUAUUUGUUCUGUUUUUCAUUAAUCAGCUCAACAUGCUCCGUCUGUGAUGGAAAACAUCGUUCUCACGUUCUAGCCUUGGUGAAUUGUCAGUGUUGGGUCCUAACCAGCUCCAUCCUGCAGAGGAACACCUUUAUAACACGGUUGUUUGAAGCAGUGGUUCCCGACCUUUUUCCCAAGGGACCCUGUUUUUUUACCAGUAAAAUUUUUGAUGACCCCCUCCCAUUCUCUCUUCCAGUACAAACAUUAUUAAGAAAUGAUAAAAUUGUUCAAGCACAUUUUAAUAUGCUUUGAUUCAAUAGAUAACAGUAAUAGUAGGCUCCAGUACAGAACAAAGUCAUUAACAAAACCAAACAGAGCAUAAUGUGCUUGACAGUUUGUAUUACUUUUCUGAACACAUUGUUUCUUGUAAACACUGAUAAAUCAAUCAUUCCUUUCAAUAAACGUUUGACACAUAAAAAAUACACUGAGCAAAUGUACUUAAAUGUGUAUAUUACUGUUUAUACUAGAUUAUUUACUGUAAAGGCUGUGAUUAAUCAACCAGUCGUAUCUUUAAUGAACUUUUGACACUUGAAAAUAAAACAGUGAGCUGAGCAAAAUGUU